CUGUCUCACCACUUGGAAUAUCCUGUGGUUCCUGUGGCUAAAACAUCCACCUGCCUCGGGCUGAGAGUAUGGAAGUAGAGUGGGGAGGAGCAGGGGUCCAGAGAAGGCCAUGAGGACUGCUGCCUAGCCCGGUGGGCACGCAAUGGGAGACUGGGUAACAGGGACGAAUGGGGAACAUGUGGGGAGGUUGAACCAGAUGGAGCUGGCGGGGGUGCUGGAUGGAGUAGGAAGGAGGGCGGGAUGCUGCAGACAAGGGCUGGGCCAGGGGGCUGUGCGCUGCUCCUCCCUCCCUCCAUCUCCAGGGCUGAGCCCGGGUGUUGCCCGCCCCAGUCCCCUGCGGAUGCCUGGCACCGCCCAGUCACACCCGACUUCCUCCGGCAAAGUCGCGGCCGCUGCCAUCGCCUCUUCAGGCCUGACUCCUGGAGCGGCUCCUGGCCCCCGAUUCCGACUGAGACCUGCAGUGGCUUUGCCCGUGAAGAUGAACUGGAUGGCUGCGACAUGCUGGGCUUUGCUGCUGACCGCAGCCUUCCUCUGUGACAGCAGCACAGCCAAGGGCGGGCGUGGAAGGGCCCGGGGCAGUGCCCGCGGAGGGCUGCGCAGUGGUGCACGUGGGACCUCAAGGGUGCGGGUGAGGCCCGCACCUCGCUACAGUGCUGCAGGCUCGUCCUUGCGCGUGGCGGCAGCGGGGGCAGCUGCAGGAGCAGCAGCAGGCGCGGCCACGGGUCUAGUGGCAGGCGCCGGCUGGAGAAGGGUCACAGGGCCCGGUGAAGGAGGCCUGGAAGACGACGAGGACGGGCUAUCCGACAGGAACGGGACGAGCAGGAGUGUCUAUAGCUACUGGACCUGGACUUCAGGCACUGGCUGCUUACAGUGCAUGCCCCUCUGUCUGCUGAUAGGAAGCACCCUUGGUGCCCUGGAGCUGCAGCAGCCAUAGGCCUGGCUUGGCUAGGGGUCAGACCCAGCCCCUAGCCCACACCUUCCCUGCAGGUCCAUCCCAGAGGCCACUAGCCCUAAACGCCCCUUCUCUCUACUGCCCAUUGCCCAUGAGCCUUAAGGCAACCUGGAUAAUUCCUACCAGAGGGGCAGGAGCUGCAGCCCCUGCUGCCUGUGGACACAUUGUCCACCCUCCUGCCCAAGCUUGUCUCAACCUCCCCAUCUCCCAUCCUACCAGGGAACUAGGGUCCCUGCACCCAGACUGGCUAGCAGCCAGCAGCUCUACACUGCGCGGGUCACCCUCUACAGCACCACCACAAGGAGGAACCAAGACCAUGUAUUCAGGCCACUCAUGCUCACUGCCUGCACUGGAUAUUGUGGUGUGGACAAUGUUGACCUUCAGGCAGAGGUCACUCUCAGAUGGGUCUGGUUCUGCCAUAGCCAAGGGCCUCCCACAGAAGCAGCUGGAAUGGACCAAAGGAUUUCAGGAUUUGCAGAAAAAGAAAGGACACUCUCAGGCUUGUGUGGGAAAUGCCAGGUGCUAACUACCUGCCGGGCGCAGGUCCCAAGGAUUUUACAGCCCCAGAAUGUUCCAAGCAGGAAAGCCAUCCAUCCCAGGAAUGCCUAACAUGGUUCUCACAGCUCCUAGAACAUGUCCCUUGAGGCCAAGGUAUGCCCACCUUUGUGGUGGGCAGCAGCAGCUCCCAGUGGCCAGGUUUUACCUUGGAGUGUGGUGCUAGUGGCAGCUGACAUUCUGCUCAACAAACUGAGGCAACAGCUCAUCGGACUCAUGGCCACCUUAUGGUGGCUGAAGAAAGGCUGACUGCCAUGGGGGUGGGGAGCAGCCCCAGUGGGUAUAGCCAGGUAUCACAGCAAGCCUGGGCUCCCUCAAAGGCCACCUAGGGCAGUCUGGCCACUCAAGGAUAUCCUGAGCUGACAACCAGAACAGCCUCAAGGAGACACUAGGCAAUCCUAAAUCGAUUUGCCUUUAGCUCCCACACACCUCGUACACAAACUAACUCCUGUUUCUCCAGGGCCCACCUAGCAAAUGCUUGCAAACCCAGCUCAGGGGGCUGUUGGUUCUGCCAAAUUCUCCAGCUCUAAUCAUACAACAGACUCCCCAGGCUAGAGAGGUUUUCUAGGCAUUGGUGCCCCUCAGUGCUCUUUUGAGACUUACCUGCAGCAAGUCCCCUUCAAGCUCUGAACCAAGGGACAAACAGGCUCAACAGUGGCACAACUCUGAGAGCAGCACUUUCCCGGUUGCCACACAGCCAUGAGUUAGCCUGGUGAGACUGCAGGCUUCAAGGCCAGUGGGAAGACCCCAGACCAAGCCUUUAGACUGGGGGAAUAGCAAGUCCUAGGACAUGGCUCCCCGCAGUUCUCGUCCACACUGCCAUUGCUCUCGGCACAAGCUGUCUGAUGCUCUUUUGUUCAAUCCAGAGCAAGCGCAGCACACCUGUCUGUCCUGCCUGAGGCCUCAAAGGCAGAUGAGACAUCUUUUCCACUGAGUCACAGAGAACCAUCAGAGCCCACUGGCUUCUCAGAUACCAUGAUGGACUACACUGGACUAGACCCUCAUGUAUCCUAGAGCACCAUGAGCAUCACAGUGUUCCAGACACAAGCGGAACAUCCCCCUGUGAUGCUACCACUGGACAUGAAGCUGACUUCUUGUGUGCAUGUAGCACUUCGCACAACCACCAUUUCUGAACAGCUCCCCUGACCAGAAGGGUCAGUCACAUGUGGAAGCUGCAUCAGGAGGCACCAGCGGAAGACCAGCUCCCCAUAGCAAGAAGACUGGGCAAGUACUGUGGCCCUGGAAGGCACUCAGGCAGCUAUGAGAAAGCCAGGCCACCACUGGGGAGAUGAGGCUGGAGGGACUGACCAGGUCCAACCCCACCCAGCCCAACAGCACCUCUUCUCUGCUCCAAUCUAACCCAAGGUAGCUGCAACAGCCACACUUCCUGUAACUUGCAGGUAUUCACAAUGACCAUGAUGCUAGGCCAGACCCUGGGCACCUUCUCCAGGCUCUUCUGUAACACAGUACCACUACCCCACUGGCUAGGAGGUGCCUCCCACACCAGCCUUCUGGCUUACACACAGCUGAGCUGUGAUCCAGCAGCCUGCCAGGAAUCGAGGACCCUAGAGCACCGAGGGGACUGGCAGUCCUGGGUUCCACUACUCCCAAUCUCUUGUCCAUGUUUGUAUGCACCUUUCCUAGUGAAGUGAUUGUGAAAUAAACCCUCUACUGGCA